UCAUCGUCAUCAGACUUCUUCUAGUUUCGGCUCUGUGAUUGGUAGAUUUUUUUUUUGCGCAAAGGUAGUGACGUUUGGCGCCAUUUGUCCAAGCAGACACAGAGUUGGGCGCACUUUUCAAAAAGCAUCGAGCUUAUUUAUAUUAGUUUAUUUGCUCACAUUUAAAACGGCAGCUAUAGCGUUGGAUAUACCGAUAGUGCUUAACCAAGGACGUUAAUUAUGUAUGAUCAAUAAUGUCAGUUUUAAGCUAAGUUGCUGUUUCAAGCAACCUGUCCCUUUGGCUUUGUAGCCAGCUAGCUAGCUAACUAAACUGUCUCGCGCGAGGAUCUUCUGCAGCACUUGGAAUUACCUGAAGAAUAAAAUGACUUUAACAUAGCUUGCUGAGUUACUAGCACAGCUAUUAAAUUAUUUAACACGCCGCCCUGUCCUGCCAUACGCCACAGGUCUCUGGCUUGUUAAAGCUAUGGCUGGGGCUGUUGCUAUGGCCUCUGUUAUUGAAGAUUUUGAGACUCAGCCCCGAAAACGACAAAGAAAAGACGCACCUCCUGUUAAGACGAUCACCAACUACUACUCUCCCGUGCCGAAGCCUUUCUCGCCCCCCAAGUCCAAUAUCUUGGAUUACUUCGGCAAGACUUCGCCGACAGGGGUGAAGAGCAGCGCCGGCACUGCAGAGCAGACCAAGGAGAACAGGAACAGGGAGCCCGAGCCGCCCGGCUGUGGAGAGAGCCCUGCGAAGCCGCGCAAGCCCCAGAGGCUGAGGCGGGGCAGGAGGCCGGGCAGGCCCUCCAGGCUCAGCGCGUCAGCUGGGGAUGGACUCGCUGAGACGCCCCCGCAGGUGAUCGAGGUGUCCGAAUCGAGCUGCUCCAGCGACGGGGCGGUGGCGGAGGCGGCGGCGGCAGGGAAGCAGGCCGCGGGGGUCCUGGGCAGCGAAACCGCGGCUCUCUUGGCUCAGAUCAGCCGCGACGACUGUGUCGUGGACGAGACCCCGAGCGGGGCGGAGCCUGCGCCGAUAAGCACCCUUCCCAAAAAGAGCGCCAGGGAGAGCCUCACGGAAGGGAGCCCUGAUGAUGAGCAGCAUCUGGAGGAGGGACCCAGUCCGUCCGUACAGCUGUUGGAUCAGGCAUCCCCAGGGGACAAGAGGAAAAGGGGAAGGCCUGUUGCCAAGCCUGUCAGGAAGACCAAAUGCAGUUUGCAGAAGUGCUCACCAGAGGCCCAAGAGGCUGAUGGAUCCCCGUGUGACACCAGCCUGGAGGGCAAAGCAGAUGAGCCCUCUCAGCUAAACAACAGCACCGUCGUCAUCUCCUUUGAGGACUUUGUGCAGAGUCAGACCCAGGAGGACAGCAGCGCCUGUGUGGAGACCCCCGAGAACAAAGCAGAGGUGUUGGCUGCACCGCCUUCUGCCGAAGGCCAGCCCGGACCUUCCCAGCAAGUGUCGCCACGAACGCUCACCGUCCAGGCUGAGGUGCACCCCGUCUCCCCGGCGACCGAGCUGGCCAGGGCUGCAGACCAGAGGCUGGCGUCCAUCUUCACGCGGCGGCGGCGAGGGAGCGAGGGCGGGGAGGGCAAAGCGACGGGUUCCCCCCCUCCCCAGGAGAAGCCCGAGCCGCCCCUGGGUCCCGUCCGGAGGUCCAACGUGGUCCUGCGGGAGGACGAGCUGGAGCUGUCCGUCAUCGAGUCCAGCUCCGCGCCCAAGUGCAGCCAGGCGGAGAGGAAGCAGUUCAUGAACGCGUUCAAGCAGGCCAGCCUGGACAGCGGAAAGGGGAAAGCGAAGAAGGGCCCGGGCAAACAGGGGGAGGCCGGGGACGACGCUCAGCCGGAGGAGGCAGAGAGGCAGGAGGAGGACGCGCAGGAGGAGCAGGGCCAGGCCUCUACCCCCGCCCUGAAGGUGGAGCAGGAGAAGCCAGCCAGGGCUGGGCAGAAGCGAGGCGGCAAGCUCAGGAAAAGUGGCAGGAAGAGAGCCCAGGAGGAAGCCGUGGUCCCCGUCCCGGCUGCGGCGCUGGAGGAGCCGGUGCUGCUCGAGGUGGGGAGCGAGGCCGACGGCGAUGGCGCGAAAGACACGCCCUUUUCCACACCAGCUGGCGGGGGACCUGUCCGGAGGUCUGCCCGGACCCGCCCCUGCAGUGUCACCCCUGCCCGGGAAGAGGCCACGCCUCCCCCUAAAACCAGGAGUCGGGAUAGGUCGAAAGGUCGGGGGGGCACUGAGGACUGUUCAGCCGAGGCUUCCACGCCCAGAACACGCAAGCCCAAGCACGGCAUGUACAGAGCCGAGAUGAUCUCUCCCCCCGAUGCCAAGGGCAGCCCUAUCAGGAUGAGAUUGCGACGUGUCUUUCCAAACUUCGAACACCAUGAGUCUGGUGAUGCAGAUGACUUGCAAAUACUGAGUCCCUUAGCAGUUCAGAAGUCCAGUGUGUCUAAGAACAGGAAACAGGCCAAAAAGCUGGUCCAGAAGGCCCGGGUUCUCCAGCAGAACAAAAAGGCGGCGGCGGCGGCUAACGCUGACAGUAAGGCCCCCGUGAGGCGCCUGUCCCGAAAUCGGGACGUCCAGAAGAGCUCCUGUGAGGACGAGGACUCCAGCGUGUGCCUGCCGGACGGGCAGAGCAGCCCAGCCCCCGCUGCCGAAGACAAGGCCAGCGGUCAGAAGCGCCUGCGCAGUUUGAACGAUGUUCUGGGAAGGACCGCUGCUGAGAACAGAGCGGUCAAGAGCAGCGCAGCCCCGAAAGUGGCCGCCGUGUUUCUGGGGAAGAAGCCUCCGAAGCCGUCAGCGGUCAUCUCCAUACUUGACGACAGCAGUCGGGAGGGCUCAGAGAACUCCCAGGACGACGAGGAGUUCAGAGCCCGCCGGGACUUCCUGAUGAGCGGCCUGCCGGAGUCCUUCAAGAGGCAGGUGGCGAGGACCACGGCCAGCCGCGACGCCUACUCCCUGGCCUGCGCCUCCUUCCAGGCCACGGUGCACGUGCUGCAGAGGCCUCCAGAGUGUCCUUUUUGGGGCCUGCCGUGGCCUGGGUCCCCACUGUUGAAACGCCUGAAUGGAGCUGGUCUGGAGCCCCCAAGACCUCUUCUGCCCCCAGGAGCGCUGGACUGCAUAAAGACUGAGCCUGCCCUCAGAGCCCAUAUGGACAAGGGCUCUGGCUGGAGGCAGGAUUUCUCUGAGGACGUCCGCAGACGCCUGCUGGAGGAGAUCAGGGCGUCCAACCCCCCGUUCCCCGUGCGCCGGUUCUUCGCCUGGUUCCUGAGGAGGCGCGAGGAGCACCUCCUGCAGCCCGCGUCUGCCGAGGCGGACGGAGACCCCGAAACCCCCAGCCUCCCAGAGGCCCCUGAGCUGGGCGGGAAGCGCAAACGCAGGCGGGACGGGGAGGGGGAGGGGGAGGGGGUCCAGAAGGUGCCCAAACGAAGGAGGUCUGCGCGAGGGGAGCGGGAGGCCAUCGUGAUAGCGGACGACCCCCCGGCCGCCACGGGGCCGCCGGACCCCCCCGCCCGGGCACCGGCGGGCAGGGGGCGGCUCAGCCGGGCGCGCGGGGGCGGGCAGCCGCGCCAGGAGGCCGAGGCCGACGCCGCGGAGCGAACGCCGGCCCACAAAGGCCCCGUGAUCCUGCUGGAGGACACGCCGCCGCCCGGGCAGGCUGAGAGAGAAUGUGUGAGGGAGGACGUGUUGUGGACGGAGAAGUAUCAGCCCCAGCACUCCAACGAGGUCGUCGGGAAUUCGGCCGCGGUGAAGAGGCUGCGCAGCUGGCUGGAGGAGUGGAAACAGAGAGCCGACCGUGAAGAGAGGAGGAAUCGGAAGGAGAAGAAACAAGAGGACAACAGCAAUGACUCCUGGGACUGCGGUGAUUUCCGGGGUGAGGGUGAUGUGGAGGACGGGGAAGAGCUGCUGGGUAACACCCUGCUGAUCACAGGUCCUCCUGGAGUGGGGAAGACUGCUGCCGUGUACGCCUGUGCUCAGGAGCUGGGCUUCAAGGUUUUCGAGGUGAACGCAUCCUCCCAGCGGAGUGGGCGCCAGAUCCUGUCCCAGCUGAAGGAGGCCACUCAGUCGCACCAGGUGGACAUCCAGGGGGUGAACGCCCACAAGCCUUCCUACUUCAGCAGCUACAGCACCGCCAGGCCUGCCUUUUCCCCACGGAAGGUGAAUUCCCCCAGGAAGGUUCUGCCCUCCCCCAGGAAGGUCGUGUCCUCCCCCAGGAAGAUUGUGUCCUACCCCAGGAAACCUCUCCAUCCCACGGGCAGGCAGCCAAAGAGAGGAGCGCUGGCCCCCACUUCACUGGCCAGCUUCUUCAAAAUGGCCGGCAAAGCCAAGGGCAGAGACCCGAGCGCUCGGGACGACCCGCCACAAAAUGAAUCCGUUCCUCAAAAACCGGUAAAAACGAAGGAGAGUGUCCCGAAGGCCAAACCGUCAUGUGACAAGAAGGAGCCCCCGACGGAGGAGCAGAACAAAAAGGCCGCCACGUCGCUCAUUCUCUUUGAGGAGGUCGAUGUCAUUUUUGACGACGAUUCCGGAUUCCUGGCUGCGAUCAAAACCUUCAUGACCACAACCAAGAGACCUGUGAUUCUGACCACUAGCGAUCCUACAUUUAGUGAGAUGUUCGAUGGAAAUUUUGAGGAGAUCCACUUUAAAACGCCUUCAGCGGCGAACGUGACGAGCUACCUGCGGCUGCUGUGCCUGGCGGAGGGCGUGAGGACGGACGCGCGGGACCUCUCCUCCCUGCUGCGCUGGAACCGCGGCGACAUCCGCCAGAGCCUGCUGCACCUGCAGUUCUGGGUGCGCAGCGGAGGGGGGCCGGGCCCCCACAGGCCCCUCCCGGCCCUGGAGCCCGCAGCUGUCACUCAGGGGGAGACGGGGUCUGCGGGUGCAGCAAAGCUGGCAGACGAGGAGCCGGCAGCCAGCUCCACUUCCUGUGACUCCAGAUGCACCGAAAGCCUGCUGGGAAUCCUGAACAUCGAUGGUCCACAGGACCUGUCUGACAUGCUCAAGUGCUCAUCCUCAGCAGAGCCACAGAGCAGCAGGUGUCUGGAGCUGCUGGUGGAGAGCUGGGGCAGGGGUGUGGACCUGCUGUACUCCAACAUGGAAGCGCUCCUGCCCCUGCCCGUCUGCGCCCUGCAGCGACCCCUCCUCGGCCAGCAGGGGGCGCUCAAAGCGGAGCCGCGGAGCGCCGCGCCGGCGGAGGAGGAGGAGGCGAGCCCGGUGAAGGCGUCCUCCAGGAUGCGGGGCAGGAAGCGCUCGGGUUUGACGGACAGGGAUCUGUUUCAGUCCGACUCCGACUCGGACGACGGCUUCCUCUCCCUGCCGAAACUUCACGGCGCCCCCGCCUCCGAAGCGGAGGAGCCCUCCGCCGGCGCCGACGCGCCUCGGCCAGACCCCGCCGCGGAGGCGCCUCCGCCAGGACCCGGGCCCCUCCGGCCGAAGAAGGCAGACCUCUCCCCGGAGGAGCAGAGGCGCUCCGAGCUGGUCUCCAGCUGCCUGGGCUCCUUGGCGGAGUUCAUGGACCACAUGUCUUUCCUGGACUCGUCCCUGCAUCACCAGCGCUGGCAGCCGGAGGGCGCCUGCAGGCCGGGGGCGUUCGGCUGGACGGGGGCCGCGGUGAAGAACGGGCUGUCGGACGAGCCGAGGGUGGAGGACGCGAGCGGGGCCUGCUGGGGGAGCUCCGCGCAGAUUCGGGCCGCGGUGGAGAGCAUGAGCUUCCGCAGGUGCCGGUCCAGGGUCUCGGAGGCGUGGGCCGAGCCCCAGGGGCUGCAGGCCGAGCUGGGGGAGCCAGGCGUCGGCCAGCUCACCCUCCCCGUGGGCCCCCACAGAACGGGCCUGAGCUUCUGCCAGACCAGCCCGUGUGAACCCACCGUGACGCAGAGGCGUUGCGACGUCAUGAAGACCGUGCUAACCAGCAGAGCUUUCGGCACGCUAGGCAACAAGCCGGCCACGGCCACGGACUACCUGCCUUUCCUGCGUUCGGUCUGCCGGUCGGAGAGGGCGAAGGAGCAGGGCAAGGUGAAGCGCAGGUUUCUGCAUUAUCUGGAUUCUAUUCACCUCGGCCUCUCAAAAAACACUGUCCAGCUCCUGGCAGCUGAUUUCCCCUGAUGUGAACACCGGUCUUCCUUUCUCAUCAUGUAAUGUCUUCUUCCAUGUAAUCCUCUGUACAGUGAUUUCCACAGGUGCUCAUAUACUAUAUGCAAGUCAGAGUAAUUUUUUUUUUUUUCGGUUUGUUUUUAUUCUUGCAGUGGCUUUGUACAGACGGCAACAAGUCGUAUGUAAAGUUGUGUAUUUUUGUACUGUUUAGCACUCUGAUUUUUUUAAAAAUAUCAAAUAAAUUUACCUCUUGUUUGACAGCAAACUUCUAAUACAAUCAUUGUUAAAUCUCCAGCAGCUUCUAUGUACAGAUGAAUUGAGUGAAGAAAUUGAAAUAAAUUUUUGCAUCUGUAAAAAGCUA